CUCUCUCCUUUCUCUCUCUUCCCCACGCGUCCCCUCCUCUACCUCCUUCCGUCCCUCCCUUGCUUUUCUCUCCUACCGUCGUUAGCCCUCCGUUACACCACCCGCCUCACGCCGUCACGUCAACUUCCGCCACAAAAGCACGCGCCCCCGCCAUGUCCAGCGCCGGCGACCCCGCCGGCGCCGCGGCGGCGGCCGCGGCGACCCCGUCCGGGCGCGCGCCGAGGCUGCCGCGGUGGACGCGGCAGGAGAUACUGGUGCUCAUCGAGGGCAAGCGCAUGGUGGAGGGCCGCGGCGGGCGUAGCGGGAGGGGGCGCGUGGCGGCGGCGUCAGGGGAGACGUCGGCGCUGGAGCCCAAGUGGGCCGCGGUGGCGGAGUACUGCCGGCGGCACGGCUUGGAGCGGGGCCCCGUGCAGUGCCGGAAGCGGUGGAGCAACCUCGCCGGCGACUAUAAGAAAAUCAAGGAGUGGGAGCGCGCGGCGCCCGCCGCGCGGGAGCCGUCGUUCUGGGCCAUGCGCAACGACGCGCGCAGGGAGCGGCGGCUCCCCGGGUUCUUCGACCGCGAGGUGUACGACAUACUCGAGGGCUGGGGGCGGGCCAUCCUUGCCAGUCGGUCCGGUGGGAAUGCCACGGAGGAGGAGGAGGUGGUGCACAUGGAGGAGGAGAAGGAGGCCGGGGCGGUGGUUCCCGUGUUUGACAGUGGCCGCCCGGCCACGGAGGAGGCGUUGUUCUCGGAAGACGAGGAGGAAGAGGAGGAGGCGCCGGCGGCGGCUCCUCCUCCGCUUCCACCGCCGGUGAUCGCCUUGCCGGUAUCCGAGAAGCCCGAGGCUUCAAGGCAACAACAGAGCGCUGAGAAAGGCACAUCGAAAGACAAACAGCCGGAGCACAGCGCUGAGAGGGACGCACCAGCUCAGCAAGGCGGGCAGAAGAGGCCACGGACCGAGGAAGAUGCUGGCGAAGACACAACAUACCUGCAGAGCAAGCUGAUCGAGAUCCUAGAUCGUAACAGCCGGAUGGUGGCAGCGCAGCUGGAGGCACAGAAUCUGAACUGCCAGCUUGACAGGGAGCAGAGGAAUGACCAAGCUAACAGCCUAGUUUCCGUGCUCGGCAGGCUCGCCGACGCUCUUGGUAGGAUCGCCGAUAAGCUAUAGUCGCUCGCCUAGGUGUAUGUUUGGACAGAAAUAAUUACGACAACAGAAGAAAAAAAAAAGAUGAUAUUUGUAAGUGGAUGUACAGAUUGGUAUAGGGUUAUUGGCAUUCGAUUCUUUUUGGGCCGGUUCUGAAAAUUCUGUCAGAAACCUGUAUUGGGGUGGGGUUUGUGUUAUAUAGGGAGAUGAGGUUUAUAGCAUUCGAAUGAUCUGUGGUAGAUUCUUGAAGUAAUUAUUCUCAGCAAUGCAAUUGAGCUUUGGCUA